AUGGAGUAUUCAGCGCCCUCCGCCUGCACUUGCCUGUGUUUACACUUUCUACUGCUGUGCUUCCAGGUUCAGGUGUUGGCGGCCGAGGAGAACGUGGACUUCCGCAUCCAUGUGGAGAACCAGACGCGGGCUCGCGAUGAUGUGAGCCGGAAGCAGCUGCGCUUGUACCAGCUCUACAGCAGGACCAGUGGGAAGCACAUUCAAGUCUUGGGCCGUAGGAUCAGUGCCCGUGGCGAGGACGGGGACAAGUAUGCCCAGCUCCUAGUGGAGACAGAUACCUUCGGGAGUCAAGUCCGGAUCAAGGGCAAGGAGACUGAGUUCUACCUGUGCAUGAACCGAAAAGGCAAGCUCGUGGGGAAGCCUGAUGGUACUAGCAAGGAAUGUGUGUUCAUUGAGAAGGUUCUGGAAAACAACUACACGGCCCUGAUGUCAGCCAAGUACACAGGCUGGUACGUGGGCUUCACCAAGAAGGGGAGGCCUCGCAAGGGUCCCAAGACCCGGGAGAACCAGCAGGAUGUGCACUUCAUGAAGCGUUACCCCAAGGGGCAGGCCGAACUGCAGAAGCCCUUCAAGUACACCACCGUCACCAAGCGUUCCCGGCGGAUCCGCCCUACUCACCCCGGCUAGGUCCGGCCACACUCAUCCCUAGAGAACUACAUCAGAGGAAUAUUUUUACACGAAAAAUAAGGAAGAAUUUCUAUUUUUGUACAUUGUGUUUAAAAGAAGACAAAAACUGAACCUAAAGUCUUGGGGGGGCCGGGGCGAUAGGAUUCUACCAUUGACCUGAACCCCAUGACAAAGGACUCACGAAAGGGGACUGCUGUCAACCCACAGGUGCUUGCCUCUCUCUAGGGCGUGACAACUCAAAACUCAUCCCCAGAGGAGGACUCGAAUGAGAAAACUGACGCAGCGAGAAACCAAAGUCCUUUUCCCCAAAGGUUCUGAAAGAAAAAUAAAAAAAAAAAAAGCAGAAAGGAAAAAAAAAACAAAAGAAAGAAAAAGAAACGUAGUGCCCCCCCUCUCACCUCAGCCCCCCUCCCUGACCCUCCCCCAGCCCUAGACUCCAACAAGAAUCGCUCUCUGGUUUGCAGUCGUUUAUUUAUUGUCCACUGCAAGCUGUCCCGCGACACCGCGCAGGGAAGGCGCCCCUGAGAAUUCUCCGCGCCUCGACCUUCCGACGACAGACGCCUCGUCCAAUCAUGGUGGCCUGCCUUGCCCGCAGUUCUGGAGGAUGCUGCUAUGGACCUUCCGUGACUCACGUGACCUAGUACACCAAUGAUAAGGGAAUAUUUUAAAACCAGCUAUAUUAUAUAUAUUAUAUAUAUAAGCUAUUUAUUUCACCUCUCUGUAUAUUGCAGUUUCAUGAACCAAGUAUUACUGCCUCAACAAUUAAAAACAACCCACAAAUUAUUUAAAAAAA